AACCCUUGUGACUGUCAGACAAACAGACCAAUCGUGUAGAAAAACCUUGAAGCUCCCGGUGUCCACGAUCGUGGGCUGGAGGCGGUUUCUUGUUGGUUGGGGCGUGUGUGUAUGUAGGUUUGGGGGACUGAGGGGGUCCACACGGGGGCGAAGCCGACCGACCAUGGCAGCAGCAGAGGAGGAUGACGGAGGCCCCGAAGGGCUAAAUCGCGAGCGGGGCGGGGCGGGCUCCACCUUCGAAUGCAAUAUAUGCCUGGAGACUGCUCGGGAAGCCGUGGUCAGUGUGUGUGGCCACCUAUAUUGUUGGCCGUGUCUUCAUCAGUGGUUGGAGACUCGGCCUGAUCGGCAAGAGUGCCCAGUAUGUAAGGCUGGGAUCAGCAGAGAAAAGGUCAUCCCUCUUUACGGGCGUGGGAGUCAGAAACCCCGGGAUCCCAGAUUGAAAACUCCACCCCGUCCCCAGGGCCAGCGUCCAGCUCCAGAGAGCAGAGGGGGAUUCCAGCCUUUUGGUGAUACUGGCGGCUUCCACUUUUCAUUUGGUGUUGGUGCUUUUCCCUUUGGUUUUUUCACCACUGUCUUCAACACCCACGAUCCAUUCCGUCGGGGUACAGGUGUGGAUCUGGGACAGGGUCACCCGGCUUCCAGCUGGCAAGACUCCCUCUUCCUGUUCCUUGCAAUCUUCUUCUUUUUCUGGCUGCUCAGUAUUUGAGCUGUGUCUACUUCUGCCCACCUCCAGCCAGAGGAGAAUCAGUAUUGGGGGUCCCUGUUGACCCAUCCUUACCCCUAGACCCUUCCCCUAGACCCUCCGUUCUGUCGGCUAAGGCCGCUCUCCAGGAAGGUGUGGAGAGGAGUGACAGUUGUGCAGAGGAUGAAAGACCCUUCUGCUCUGAACUGCUUCCUCACUAGGUGCAUGAUUUGCAGCAGUGCUAGAGGACAGGCCACAUCUCCUCCUUCCUGAUCCCUUGCCUUCCCCCAGAUUUCUUGAUCUGUUGUUGAAAGGUGGGCAGGGCUGGCUUGUUCUCCCCCACUUCCCCCCUUAUUGAUUUAAUUUAAUUUUCCCUUCCCAGUGUCUAAUAGGAAUUCUGCUUCCUUCCCUUAACUACCUCCUUGAUUACACAUUCAAUAAAUAAAGUGAAAUGUAUUGAUGGGAA